UACUGUGAGUGAUGAUGUGUUGACUUUUCCAAGAUGGCGGAUGCGUCAAUGUCUCUGGAGUGGUCAAAUGUGGCAUCUGAGCAUUCAGAGAAUACUAAUUGUAGCACUGCCACAAAUGCACUUUAUUGUCAAGCUGUGAAACAUGUCGCACACCAUAAUCAGCAGGCAGUAAUCGGAGGGACCCCUGCUGGUCUGGAGGACCAAAAUAUCCCCACACAUCCUCGCACAACAUACCCAGAGAUGGUGGCAAGACAAUCUCCUGAUGGGAGUUCCAUCUCGGCCGAGCCUCAAGUAGCAGAUGAACAAGCAAGCUUUUGGAAAAGAAAUAACAUUUAUGAAGGUUCACAUUAUGGGCCAGAGUGCCUCUAUACAGCUAUCCAGAAGUCUCCCCACAAACAUGCUCAGACAGCCCCAGUUCACUCUCAGGAAUGGUUCAGUGUGGUUUCAGAGCUCACUCUGCGACUGCAUAAAGGGAAAGCCGUUCCUGAAUCAGAUGAAAAUUUACCCACUGAACAACUAAAGGAGAACUCCGCUCCUCCAGCUCGCUCGGAGGUCAUCUACGAUGAUGUGCCUUGUGAAAACAUCAUGCCACCAGAUGCAGAGGAUGAUGUGAUCUAUGAGGAGGUGCAGAGGUCUGGCGAGCCCGGGCUGAUAGACAACGGCUGGGGCUCCAGUGAGUUUGAGAGUUACGAUGAGCAGUCAGACAGCGAGACCAAGCAGCCCACUCGCAAUAAGAUUUCCCCAGACGUACGACGUCUGAAGCAACGCUGCGUGCAGACCAGGCGUGAGCUAGCCAUGCGGUUAGGGUCUCGAGAUGUCGGCCAACUCAAACAAAACUAUGACCUUAAGGUUCAACAGCUCAUGAAAGCAGCUAGGAAUGGCACGAAAGAUGGACUGGAAAAGACCAAAAUAGCCAUGAUGCGUAAAGUGUCCUUCCUGAGUAAAAAAGACUGCACAGAUGACAUAGAGGAAGAUUCUGGAUAUCUGGAUGUGACUGUAUCUGAACUCAAACAUCCACCACCUCAACUUUCUCCAAUGCCAGAAGGGCUCAGUAGCCAACAGGAAGAUUCUGGAUAUCUGGAUGUGACUGUAUCUGAACUCAAACAUCCACCACCUCAACUUUCUCCAAUGCCAGAAGGGCUCAGUAGCCAACAGGUUGUCAGGCGUCACAUUCUUGGCUCUAUCAUCCAGAGUGAAAGAAGCUACUUAGACUCACUCAAGAGGAUCCUGCUGGAAUAUAAGAAGCCUUUGAUGGAGGCGGAGCCGCGGAUCCUGAGCUUGAAGAAGAUCCAGCCUGUUUUUUAUAGGCUGAAGGAGAUCCUGCAGUGUCACUCCAUGUUUCAGAUUGCUCUGGCCUCCCGUGUAGCAGAAUGGGAUAAUACUGAGAAAAUCGGAGACCUUUUUGUUGCUUCAUUUUCCAAGUCAAUGGUGCUAGAUGUGUAUAGCGACUAUGUCAACAACUUCACCAAUGCUAUGGGUCUUAUCAAGAAAGCUUGUAUGUCCAAGCCAGCAUUCCUGGAGUUUCUCAAGAAAAAGCAGGCUGCCAGUACAGACAGAAUCACUCUUUAUGGCCUCAUGGUCAAACCAAUUCAGCGCUUUCCUCAGUUCAUACUCCUACUGCAGGACAUGCUGAAAAACACCCCUGUGGGGCAUCAGGAUAGGCUGCCGCUGCAGCUGGCCCUCACUGAGCUUGAGACUCUCGCCGAGAAGCUGAACGAGCAGAAACGGCUGGCCGAGCAGCUCGCUGAAAUCCAACAGCUCACUCGUAGCGUCAGUGACCGUAACCUCAGUAAGCAACUGAACUCGGAUCAGAAGCAGUUGAUUCUGUCUGAGACACUGAUUGAGACCGUCUAUGGCGAGAAGGGUCAAGUCCUCAAGUCUAAGGAGCGAAAAGUCUUCCUCCUGAAUGACAUGCUCAUCUGUGCAAACAUCAAUGUGAAGGGCCCUCCAGAUAUCAGCAGCCUAGUCCCUAUUGGUCCAAAAUACGCAGUUAAGUGGAGUGCCCCCCUGCUGCAAGUACAAGUGGUGGAGGUGGGCCAAGAGACCCCCCAGCGUAAAGACAGCAUCUACCAGCAGAGUGGAAGCAAGCGCCUGAGCUCCACCAACUCUCAAGGAAAGCUGUUUCUGGGACCACCACGGCUGUAUCAGGGUCUGCAGGAGUUACAGCAUGAUCUUUCUGUGGUGGAGGAAGUCACAUUGUUGGUGGGCACCCUGCAGGGAUCCUACCAGAAUCUCAACACUACGGUGGGGCAGGACUGGUGCAUGGCUCUUCAGAGGCUCAUCCGCAUCAAAGAGGAUGAGAUCCAGUGUGCCAACAAGUGUCGUCUACGGCUGAUGAUUCCUGGGAAGCCUGACAAGUCUGGCCGUCCAGUCAGUUUCACUGUGGUCUUCAGUACGCCCAGUCCAAUUAGUAAAAUCUCCUGGGUCAAUCGCCUGCAUCUGGCCAAAAUUGCCCUGAGAGAUGAAAACUUGCCUGGCUGGGUGUGUGUAGAGGAUGAUGAAAAGACUAAGCCUCCAUUCUGGUGCCCAUUACUGGCCUGCCAAUUGCCUGUGUUUACCCCAAAAAUGCAAGAUCUGAAGGUAAGUGAUAGACAACCAACCAAUUUGAAAGAAAAACUACAAAUGAGAUCGGGAAAGCUGUUUCUGGGACCACCACGGCUGUAUCAGGGUCUGCAGGAGUUACAGCAUGAUCUUUCUGUGGUGGAGGAAGUCACAUUGUUGGUGGGCACCCUGCAGGGAUCCUACCAGAAUCUCAACACUACGGUGGGGCAGGACUGGUGCAUGGCUCUUCAGAGGCUCAUCCGCAUCAAAGAGGAUGAGAUCCAGUGUGCCAACAAGUGUCGUCUACGGCUGAUGAUUCCUGGGAAGCCUGACAAGUCUGGCCGUCCAGUCAGUUUCACUGUGGUCUUCAGUACGCCCAGUCCAAUUAGUAAAAUCUCCUGGGUCAAUCGCCUGCAUCUGGCCAAAAUUGCCCUGAGAGAUGAAAACUUGCCUGGCUGGGUGUGUGUAGAGGAUGAUGAAAAGACUAAGCCUCCAUUCUGGUGCCCAUUACUGGCCUGCCAAUUGCCUGUGUUUACCCCAAAAAUGCAAGAUCUGAAGGUAAGUGAUAGACAACCAACCAAUUUCUUUUAUGAAACUCUUGAAACUGACUUGUCAGUGUACCAGCAGAGGCCAUUUAGUGCUGCAAAAUAA